UCUUUCCCUAAACUCUCUUUGUCCAUUGUUUAUGCCCACAAGAACCCCAAUUUAUCUUCAAGAUUUGUAAGCCGAAUUGCACCAGCCAUCGUUGUCAAUUCCCUAUUAAGUUUCUGGAGGGAGAGCCUCCGUCAUUGUCAUGACGGUGGCUCGAGCCCAUUUGAAUGUGUACCACCUUCUUCAUGUUAUCCUGUUGAUGUUGAUCAUGCAGCAUGCAAAUAGCGCGGACAAUGACACCCUUCUCGAGUUAAAACAGUCUCUUAAAAAUGGUGAUAAAUUAAUCACUUGGAACCCAUUAACCACCCCAUGUAAUGGUAACAAACCCAAUUGGGAAGGCGUUCUUUGUGCCAAUAACACCGUUUGGGGUAUACGACUCGAAGGAAAAGGGCUUGGUGGUUUCAUUGAUACGAAAAUCUUGAUGAAUUUGCCAUCUUUAUUAACAAUAAGCUUUCAAAACAAUAGUUUAGAAGGCGAAUUUCCUUCUUUCAAAAAAUUACAUAGAUUAAGAAGUAUUUUCUUGACAUCCAACAAGUUUUCUAAAGAGAUUCCAACGGAUGCUUUCGAUGGGAUGAGGAGGCUCAAGAAGCUUUACUUGGCUAAUAACUAUUUUGAAGGUCAAAUUCCUUCAUCAUUAACUGGAUUGCCAAGACUCAGAGAUUUGAUGCUAGAAAACAAUCGAUUUGAGGGCGUAAUUCCUGUGUUCAUGAAAGAUAACCUAACAAUCAUAAACUUUGCAAACAAUAACCUAUAUGGUCCUAUUCCAAAACGACUUCAGAGUUUCCCUAAAAGCCAAUUUUCUGGUAACGGCGAGCUUUGUGGACCACCAUUCGCGGAGUGCAAGACAAAGAUCCCUACUGCUACCAUCGUCAUGGUAGCGUUAGUGGUCGUUGCAGCCCUGGCAGCAAUCACUACAGCUUUCAUUAUCCUACAAAAAUUUGGACCAUCUUCAAAGGAAACCAUUGAGGUACCACCCUAUAGAAACGUAGUUUCAUCCAACCAUGAUCAAAUGGAGCAAGGUGUAGGCAGUGCUGCAACUACAGUCAACACCAAGAAAGUUGAUUCAUCUCUGAAGCUAACUUUCUUGAAAGACGACGCAGAAAGGUUUGACCUGGCAGAGUUGUUGAAGGCGUCUGCGGUGGUUCUUGGUGGUGGGGUGUUUGGAUCUUGCUAUAAGACCACUAUUAGCCGCCAGAAAAUACUCGUUGUGAAGAGAUGCAGUCAAAUGAAUAACGUAACACAAGAUGAGUUCUGCAAGCAUAUGAUGAAAUUAGGAAAGUUGAAUCACCAAAAUGUCGUACCACUUAUCGCAUUCUACUAUAGAAAAGAAGAGAAACUACUUGUUGCACACUAUGUCGAAAACAUCAGUUUGGCUGUUCAUCUUCACGGAAGUCGGUCGCAAGUAAAACGAAGCCUAGAUUGGCCUACUCGAUUAAAGAUUGUUAAAGGAGUAGCAAGAGGGCUUCUUCAUCUAUACCAUGAGCUGCCCAGUCUAAUUGCACCUCAUGGUCACCUCAAAUCAUCAAAUGUUUUACUAAAUCGAGAAUUUGAAUCACUCCUCACAGACUAUGGUUUGAUUCCUAUAACCAAUCAAGAACAUGCACGAGAUGUCAUGAUCGCCUUCAAAUCACCCGAGUACAAGAACCAUGGUCGAAUCACAAAGAAAACAGAUGUAUGGAGUUUAGGGGUGCUGAUUCUAGAGAUCAUGACUGGCAAGUUUCCUGCAAACACUUUCAGCCAAAGCAAAGGCGGAGAUGUGGAGCUAACAAACUUUGUUGAUUCUAUGUUUAAGGAGGAGAUGACAGUUGACAUGUUUGAUAAAGAGAUAGGAGAGUUCAACAAACAUAAUGAAGGGGAAAUGCUAAAGUUGUUGACAAUAGGGUUGAGUUGUUGCGAACCGAAUGUAGAAAAGAGGUGGGACAUUAAAGAAGUAGUUGAUAGGAUAGAGGAUGUAAAAGAAAAGAAUGAAAAUGACAUAAAGAAUGAAGACUAGUGACCUCAAUAUCAAACAAGUAACACAGUUGCUCAUCCAUCACCGAUGUAGGUGGUGACUCCAUGCUUUAAGAUAGCAAUGUUCAAUGAAUCUAAAGGGGAAUCUUGCAUGGAGUUUUGAGGUCCAGAUAGAAAGGCUAUCUUUGAAGGAGUGACCUCUCCAAGGGUUUGGGAUGGAGUUUGUGCAAUGAUGUUGUCAUAGUUUUGAGAAGGUUUUAGUGGGAUUUGGAUCAUAAAGACAAAGCAUGAGGGGUGAAGUUACACUAGGUACAUUUGUCUGUUUUCAACUUUUUGUAGUUAAAAAAGGUGUAAAAAAUUGAAAAUUCUAGCAUAUAGUUUUUAUUUAAUUACAAAUUAACAUUCUUUUGGCUCCUUUACA